AUGAUCCCCACGGCCGACCCCAUUCUCUCUCUCAACCCUGAGACCUUGCCCCCGUCGGCUUUGCACAUGCUAUCGCUGUCGCCUAAGGCAAUGCAUACGAUGUCCGCAAUAUCCAACCCACUUGUCUCUCCAAAUGCUAUCCCCCCUCGCACCUCGAGCAACGGCGUCCCAACCUCUUUCAGCCCGACUCCUACCAAAUCCGUCCUGCGCCCCGUCCCAGAAGGCAACUGGUUGAGCCAGAAGCAGGCUUCUGCAAAAACACACGCUUCAAACCCCGGCUACGGUGUCAUGACAGCUCCCAACCCACCUCCCGACCCCGAGCGCUACGCUCAUGAGGAUCUCGAGUUCACGGCCAAGCGCUCAUGGAACGGCGACAAGGAAAGCGUCGUCCGUGGGCCUUACGACUAUGUCAUUAGCCAUCCCGGCAAAGACUUUCGCGCCCAGUUGAUCGCCGCCUUCAAUGCUUGGCUCGACGUGCCCGCGCCGAGCCUCGAAGUCAUCACCCGCGUCGUCGGUAUGCUACACGAGUCUUCGCUUCUCAUUGACGAUGUACAAGAUUCGUCUGAGCUGCGCCGUGGCUUUCCUGUCGCACACAACAUCUUUGGUGUCGCCCAGACCAUCAACUCGGCCAACUACAUCUACUUUGUUGCCCUGCAAGAGCUUCACAAGCUCGGCAACCCAGAGCUUAUUACCAUAUUUUCCGACGAGCUUGUCAACCUCCACCGGGGCCAAGGAAUGGACCUGUUCUGGCGAGAUACUCUGACCUGCCCUACCGAGGAGGACUACCUUGAAAUGGUCGGCAACAAAACAGGCGGUCUUUUCCGGCUCGGUAUCAAGCUCAUGGCAGAAGAGGCCAACGGUCCUACCGACUGUGUGCCCCUCGUCAACUUGAUUGGCCUCAUCUUCCAAAUUCGCGACGACUAUAUGAACCUGUCGUCCAAAGAGUACAGCCAUAAUAAGGGAAUGUGUGAGGAUCUGACCGAGGGCAAGUUCUCGUUCCCUGUUAUCCACAGCAUUCGCUCCAACCCCACAAAUCUCCAGCUUAUCAACAUUCUCAAACAAAAGACCUCGGACAUCCAGGUGAAGCGAUAUGCCGUUUCGUACAUGGAGUCCACCGGCAGCUUCGAGUACACCCGAAAAGUUAUCAUGGUUCUCAUUGAGCGAGCUCGCAAGAUGGCCGAGGAGCUUGAUGAGGGCCGUGGCAGCACAAAAGGUAUCCAAAAGAUCCUCGAUAAGAUGGCCGUUCUCUAA